AUGGCUAAACAUGAUCUAGCCUUGAACGUAUGGUACCUCACAGCAGCUAAGCUGCAUCUGCAUGCAUCCUACCUUCUUGACGAUGCCACUACGGAUGGUUACAAAGACAGAAUCAUCACACUCUAUCUCACAGCGCAACGUCUCAUAGAGCUAAGCAUCGACAAACCCACGGAAAAGGCAGGGUUCUGUCACUACUGCCCGUUUUUUUGCUACCAAGUCUUUACUUGCGCUGCCUUUGUGGUCCUCAAGAUUCUAAUGAACGGCUAUUUCCGCUCCAUCAUCGAUGUCAGUGCUGGCACAAAGAAUCUUGAAGCCGCCAUCGCCGCCCUCCGAAAAAUCAGCGUUGUGAACAACGAUUUACCUGCCAGACUCGGAGACGUCAUUGGCUUCUUCUGCGCGCUGCCUGACACAACCGUCGUUGGCGGUGUGACCAUCGACGACUUACGCUUACGGCAAGUGAAGAACAGAAUGAGCAUGAGUGUAGUGUAUGACUGCUUGUGGACAUGGAGACGAUACUUUCAAGAGGAAAAUGAGAAGGACAUAAUUGUCACUCCCGAAGAUCUACAAAGAUCUUUCAGCUUCGAUAUCCCUAUGGAGAUAGGUGGCUUCCUAGACAGUCUUUCCUUCUAA